AUGUCAGUUUCUCUUUCUUUUAUACCUGCACUUGAGCAACUGUCGACGAGAGUUAUUAGAAUUUUAGGUUGUAAUCCGGGUCCAUUCACUCUGCAAGGUACAAAUACCUACCUCAUUGGCACUGGAAACAAGCGAAUACUUUUAGACACAGGUGAGUCAAACAAUGCAAAUUAUUUGGAAAACUUGGUUAGCAUCUUGAAGCAGCACAAUUCAACAAUAAAGGAAGUGAUAAUCACUCACUGGCAUGGAGAUCAUAUUGGUGGAGUGCCUGCUGUAUUCAACAGAUUCAAUGAUUCAAGUUUGAAAAUAAAUAAGUUCAAAAGACUGUCAAAGCCAGAUGAGAAAUUAGAGAAUAACAUACCGAUAAAUUAUUUAGAAAAUAAUUCUGUCCUAAGUGUUGAUGGUGCCACAUUGAAAACCAUCUACACGCCAGGCCAUACAGACGAUCACAUGUCUGUCCUCUUACACGAAGAGAAUGCAUUAUUCACUGGUGACUGUGUGUUAGGGGAGGGAACAUGUGUGUUUGAAGACCUUCACUCCUACAUGAACUCUCUGGAGUUGAUCAAAAGUCUCAACCCGUCCGUGAUCUACCCCGGACACGGGGCCGUCGUGAGGGACCCGCAGCAGCACGUCAGUGCCUAUAUCGCCAAUCGCAAUAACAGGGAACAACAAAUCGUCAAUGCAUUGAGUGACUAUGCUGAAAAAACGCCAAUGCAAAUUGUUGAAAUCGUUUAUAAGACGACGCCAAGACAUCUCUUCCCAGCUGCUGAAGGCAACGUCAUCCAUCAUUUGAACAAACUAUUGAAAGAUAACUUAGUUGGUAUGUAA